AAUAAAUGCUUAAAGGUGUCAAAGUAAGAAAAGUAUAUGAAGAUGAAAUUGAUGAACCUGCUAGAGAGAGUAGAUUAUUAUUACGAUCUAUAUUUAAUAGAAAAGGUGAAAAUACUGGAGAGUCAAUUUCAUAAACAAAAGAUUAGAGAGAAAGGACAACAAUUUGAUGAUAUAGAUGAAGAUGAAGAAAAAUCAGAUCGUUAAAAAACUAAAGAGGAAAGGAAUAAGGAAAAUUAAAAGAAGGGUGAAAUGCUGUUCUAACAAAGAUAAUUAUAAAAGGCAAUAUCUGAAUGUGAAUUCUGUUUGAGCAAUGAGAAAUUAAGUUAAUAUUAUAUCUUAAGUCAGAGUAGUAAUGUUAUGCUUGUCUUGCCAAAAUAAAGUAUAAAUUGUUAUAUAAAGGAUUUUACAAUUCUUACACACACUUAUUAAUAGUGCCGAUGGAACAUGCUUUAAGUAUUAGAGAUGUAGAAGAUGAUACGUAUGAAGAAAUAAGAAACUUUUAGAAAUGUUUAAUUGGAGCAUUUGAUAAAGCAAAUAUGGAGUGUAUCUUUUAUGAGAAUGCUUUUAAAUUUAAAUAUGUUCCUCAUGCUAUUAUUGAAUGUGUUGCUAUUCCUUAUAAGAUUAGUAAGGAGGCUAAUAUAAAUUUAUAUUUUAAAUAAGGAAUGGAUGAAUUGGAUGGAUUUUGGUCAACUCAUAAAAAGAUAAUUGAAAUUCACAAGAAUAAAGGAGGAAUAAGAAAAUAAAUUCCUAAAGGAUUUCCAUAUUUCUAUGUAGAUUUUAGUUUAAAAUCUGGAUAUGCUCAUGUGAUAGAGAAUGAAAAUAAUUUUUCAUCGAAUUUUGCUAGAGAAAUAUUAGCAUCAAUUCUGAGUGUUGAGAAAUCAAAUGUUUUAAGUCCAAAAGUAAGAACAGAAUAAGAAGCUAAAUAAGAGAAUGAUUAAUUUUAAUUAAUUUGGAAAUAAUAUGAUUGGACAUUGGCUUUAACAAGAUAAUGA